AAGAACUCUGGCCUCGGAACCCGCUGCCCGCCGCGCAUCUCCCAACAAACACUAACAUCCCUAAAGGGCAUCCGAGCCGGGGCUCUGCUGGGAAAUCAUCCUGGCCCAACUCGAUCUUCUGAGCUCUCGGGGAUUACUGCAUCUUUCUUCGUAGCGCAGAGACGUGAGCCUGGAAAAGGAAGGAGAGGGCGAGAACACCUCCCACCCAAAUAAAUAAAUAAAUAAAUAAACUGGCUUCUCGCCGCAGCUGGAAACGGUCGAUUGAGCCCAGGUUGGGUCGGACCUGAACCCCUAAAAGCGGAACCGCCUCCCGCCCUCUAGCCAGCAGCCCGCUCGGAGCUGAGUCGCCGGCGGAGGUAGCGGCGGACGGACCGGGGAGUUUCCUCUCGCAUUGGAUGGAGCUGAACUUUGGGCGGCCAGAGCAGCGCGGCCGUCCGGGAAUCGCUGCGUGCUGAGUUCCCUCGGCGAGACCCAGCGGCAGCUCUGGAUUUUCGGGGGGGCGGGGACCAGCUGCGCGCCGGCACCAUGUUCUUGGCGACCCUGUACUUCGUACUGCCGCUUCUGGACGUGCUCCUGUCGGCCGAGGUCAGCGGCGGGGACCGCCUGGACUGCGUGAAAGCCAGCGAUCAGUGCUUGAAAGAGCAGAGCUGCAGCACCAAGUACCGCACGCUCAGGCAGUGCGUGGCGGGCAAGGAGACCAACUUCAGCUUGACAUCGGGCCUGGAGGCCAAGGACGAGUGCCGCAGCGCCAUGGAGGCCCUCAAACAGAAGUCGCUUUAUAACUGCCGCUGCAAGCGGGGUAUGAAGAAGGAGAAGAACUGUCUGCGCAUCUACUGGAGCAUGUACCAGAGCCUGCAGGGAAAUGAUCUGCUUGAAGAUUCCCCGUAUGAACCAGUUAACAGCAGAUUGUCUGAUAUAUUCCGGGUAGUCCCAUUCAUACCAGAUGUUUUCCAGCAAGUGGAGCACAUCCCGAAAGGGAACAACUGCCUGGACGCCGCCAAGGCCUGCAACCUAGACGACACCUGUAAGAAGUACAGGUCCGCGUACAUCACGCCGUGCACCACCAGCAUGUCCAACGAUGUCUGCAACCGGCGCAAGUGCCACAAGGCCCUCCGGCAGUUCUUCGACAAGGUCCCGGCCAAGCAUAGCUACGGGAUGCUCUUCUGCUCCUGCCGGGACAUCGCCUGCACCGAGCGGAGACGGCAGACCAUCGUGCCGGUGUGCUCCUACGAGGAGAGGGAGAAGCCCAACUGCUUGAAUUUGCAGGACUCCUGCAAGACGAAUUACAUCUGCAGAUCUCGCCUGGUGGAUUUUUUUACCAACUGCCAUCCGGAGUCAAGGUCUGUCAGUAGCUGCCUGAAGGAAAACUACGCUGACUGCCUCCUCGCCUACUCGGGGCUUAUUGGUACAGUCAUGACCCCCAACUACAUAGACUCCAGUAGCCUCAGCGUGGCCCCCUGGUGUGACUGCAACAACAGUGGAAACGACCUGGAGGAGUGCUUGAAAUUUCUGAAUUUCUUCAAGGACAACACAUGUCUUAAAAAUGCAAUUCAAGCCUUUGGCAAUGGCUCAGAUGUGACCGUGUGGCAGCCAGCCCUCCCAGUUCAGACCACCACUGCCACCACCACCACAGCCUUCCGGGUCAAGAACAAGCCCCUGGGGCCAGCAGGCUCUGAGAAUGAAAUCCCCACUCAUGUUUUACCACCUUGUGCAAAUUUACAGGCACAGAAGCUGAAAUCCAAUAUGUCGGGAAGUCCACACCUCUGUCUUUCUGAUCGUGAUUACGAAAAGGAUGGUCUUGCUGGGGCUUCCAGCCACAUAACCACAAAAUCAGUGGCUGCCUCUCCAAGCUGCAGUCUGAGCCCACUGCUGGUCCUGGUGGUAACUGCCCUGUCCACCCUGUUAUCUUUAUCUUUGGCUGACACAUCGUAGCUGCAUUUAAAAAACAAUAUGGACAUGUAAAAAGACAAAACCCAAGUUAUCUGUUUCCUGUCCUCUUGUAUAUCUGAAAUUCCAGUUUUAGGGACUCAGUUGAGACACUGCUAAAACAGUUUCAUCCAACUGGAACUUUUUUCUUUCUUUUUUUUUUUUUUUUCUAAGAAAGCUUCUUGUGAUCCUUAGGGCUUAUAUGGGAUCCCCGAUACAGUGCUACAUUCCAAACUCAGAAGGCUUUGGGGCAUGCUGUAUUGUAAGGGGACAGUUUGUUGAUUUGGCUGUAAAGCAAACUGGGGCCAUGUUUUUCAAGAGGACGAUGAGGAUGGUGAUUUUAACAAUUUAACUCUGGCCUUCACUAGCUAGAGAAGGAGUUGGUAUUUCUAAAGAAUCUUCCAUAUCUCAUGUAAUAGGUUUUAUUUCUGAUGACAUGACUGCAGCGGUACAUGGAUGCCAGGUUUUUUUGGUCACAAAGUGAAGAUCCUCAUCAAGACAAUUUGAUGGACUUUGUGCAAACAGGCUUGUACCAAUGUUCACUUUUCUAUAUGUACUAGUAUUUUCCGUGCUAAGUUUAUGUACUGUAAACAGUUCUUCACUCUCCUACAAAAACAAAAAAUACCUGUCACAUCCCAGUGUCGUGUCUGUCUUCUAGUCAAAAUAGAGAGAGUGGCCAUGAGACUUCACAGAACCUUGACCACUGAGACAUUUUCCUAAGCCUUACCUGAGUGAGAAGCCCUUAAACUAACAAGGGUCAAAUAUAGCUGAAGCAUCAUUCC